GCUGCAAUAACUUAGGGAGCUCCUACCUGGGUGACACUUGGGGGAGGAAGAUUUCUGUUUGUUUUGCUCUGUUUCCGAGGGUCCUGUGUGCUUCUCUUACCCAUAUCAGCGUGACCCUCGGUGGAUUUUGCACACCCUGCUCUGUGGGGGAGUGCCCAGUGUGCCUGUCUUAUGUGGCCUCUAUGGACACACUGCCCAGCUGGCAGGGAACAGGGAAGUUUUCUCCCAGCACCCAAGAAGAGAAAGAGGAAACUUCUCUUUCCUUCUGGGAUCCUCGCAGCACAAUAGAUCAAGAUAAGCUCCACAUCCCCUCCCUGGAUUUUCUGGAGUGGUUUUCAGGAAGAAGUUAAACCUUCAUCUUUAAAUGGAUGAGCAUGUCACAAUCAGGAAGAAACAUCUCCAAAGACCCAUCUUUAGACUAAGAUGCUUAGUGAAACAGCUGGAGAAAGGUGACGUCAAUGUUGUAGACUUAAAGAAGAACAUCGAAUAUGCAGCGUCAGUGCUGGAAGCAGUUUAUAUUGAUGAAACAAGAAGACUUCUGGACACUGAAGAUGAACUCAGUGACAUUCAAACUGACUCAGUCCCAUCCGAAGUCCGGGACUGGCUGGCUUCAACCUUUACACGGAAAAUGGGGAUGAUGAAGAAGAAACCAGAGGAGAAACCAAAAUUUCGAAGCAUUGUUCAUGCUGUUCAAGCUGGAAUUUUUGUGGAAAGGAUGUACAGGAAAAACUAUCACAUGGUUGGCUUGGCAUAUCCAGCAGCUGUCAUAGUAUCAUUAAAGGAUGUUGAUAAAUGGUCUUUUGAUGUGUUUGCCCUCAAUGAAGCAAGUGGAGAGCACAGCCUGAAGUUCAUGAUUUAUGAAUUGUUCACCAGAUACGACCUUAUCAACCGCUUCAAGAUUCCUGUGUCUUGCCUAAUUGCCUUUGCAGAAGCUUUAGAAGUUGGUUACAGCAAGUACAAAAAUCCGUAUCAUAAUUUGAUUCAUGCAGCUGAUGUCACUCAAACUGUGCAUUAUAUAAUGCUUCAUACAGGUAUCAUGCACUGGCUCACUGAACUGGAAAUCUUAGCAAUGGUCUUUGCUGCUGCCAUUCAUGAUUAUGAGCACACAGGGACCACAAACAACUUCCACAUCCAGACGAGGUCAGACGUUGCCAUUUUGUACAAUGAUCGCUCUGUGCUAGAGAAUCACCAUGUGAGUGCAGCUUAUCGACUUAUGCAAGAAGAGGAAAUGAAUAUUUUGUUAAAUCUAUCCAAGGAUGACUGGAGGGAUCUUCGGACCUUAGUGAUUGAAAUGGUAUUAUCUACAGAUAUGUCAGGUCAUUUCCAGCAAAUUAAAAAUAUUCGAAGCAGUUUGCAGCAGCCUGAAGGGAUCGACAGAGCCAAAACCAUGUCCCUCAUUCUGCAUGCAGCAGAUAUCAGCCACCCCGCCAAAACCUGGAAGCUACACUACAGGUGGACCAUGGCUCUCAUGGAGGAGUUUUUCCUACAGGGAGACAAAGAAGCUGAACUAGGGCUUCCAUUUUCUCCACUUUGUGAUCGGAAAUCAACCAUGGUGGCCCAGUCACAAAUAGGUUUCAUUGAUUUCAUAGUAGAGCCAACAUUUUCUCUUCUGACAGACUCAACAGAGAAAAUUGUUAUUCCUCUUAUAGAGGAAGCCUCAAAGUCUGAAUCUUCUCACUAUGGGGCAAGCAGUUCCUCCACCAUCGUGGGGUUCCACAUUGCUGAUUCAUUGAGGCGAUGUAACACAAAGGGCUCCAUGAGUGAUGGGAGCUAUGCCCCUGACUACUCCCUGUCAGCGGUGGACCUGAAGAGCUUCAAAAACAACCUGGUUGACAUCAUUCAGCAGAACAAGGAGCGGUGGAAAGAGCUGGCUGCGCAAGGUGAGCUUGAUCUCCAUAAGAACUCUGAAGACUUAGUGAAUGCUGAAGAAAAACAUGCUGAUACACGUUCAUAGGCUUGAAACACCUUUAAGGCUUCUGGCAUUUUAAAUACGAGAGAAUAAUGAAAACAGAAUGAAAAAAACACCCCAGAUCUUCAACAACACACAACAACGUUCUCUUUCAACAUGCAAUUGGCCCAGGACAUUUUAAUGGACUCCAGUGUACAGAACACGAAGAAGGUACAAUUUUAUCCAACAACUGGCCAAAUAAGUACCCUCAAUUUGUGAUUAGAGUUUCUGGCCAGUGUUUCUGCCAUUAUUCUUCCUCCACAAUUUGAUCUUCAAUCAAACCAGAGAAUUUUUAAAGACAAAGUUGGGCUGUUCCAAAUGUUUAUCACUUUUAACUGAGCAUAGUGACUGUGUGAGACAUGUGCAGAAAAAAGAUUUUCAACAUACUUUUACAGUGCUAUACUGAGUGCUAUUGCAAAACUUUCAAGGUCUUAAGUAAAAUAAAUUUAAAAGAAAAAUUAUGAAAACUAUAUAUACAUGAAUGGAAACAAGCUAGUUCGAUUGUCCUUAUUUUAAAUGUAUGAGGAAAAAAUGAGUAUUUGGUUUGCUCAGAAGCUAUAGUGACAAUCAAGACAACAGCAGAGCCUCAGAGCUGCAGCUCGGAGACUGGUUAAGCAUACCUUGCUAAGCUUCCAGCUAGGGAGUGACAGUGCAACCUUCCCCCAAAACCAGCGGACCAGUCUGCAUCCAUCCCAGUGGCUUUAAGGCACUGAUGCAUCAUCUGUGUGAGGAGGUUACAGUGUAAGUCACACCUUACUGGUAGUUCACAGGAACAAGAAAUAUCAGCCAUUAAUGGAGAUAGACAUUGAAAGGAAGUAUGGAAUUUGCAUUUUGGGGUGUGUAUUCCACCAGGAUUUAAAAUAUGCUAUAUUCCAAGGGAUGAGUGAUAAGAAAUGUAUGUAUGUAUGUAUGUUUGUAUGUAUUUUUGUAUGUAUGUAUGUAGUAUAUGUGUGUGUAUUCAUAUUUGAAAAUGUCUAUGGAAAUGGAAGCCCAUAUUUUUUUCUCUACAGAUGACAUUAUUUGAUGUGACAUUUAAUUUUACUAAAAUUAAACAAAGUGCAGCCCUCAAAGUUCUGCUUCCUCAUGUUUUCCUGAGCAUGUGCAGAACCUUUCCUUGCUCUUAACUGAAGAACUGCCUUUACUUGAUACCAGCUGAAAAGAAAGGUCAAGCAGAAUUGGAUGGCAUUGCUUUCCACAGCAUAAACAUUUCAACGCUUGUAAUCAUAAGUGGAAAUUGGAUGGAAAAGAAUCAAGAUUAGCCAUCACUUAAAUGAUGAGAAAAAGGGUCCACCCAUCCUUGUGAGUUUCCUCCUGCACCUGCUUCCUUCCUGGGUUCCACAACGCUGAGCAAUAUUUUAAAGAGGGUUACAAUCAGAAGCUUUUAAGCCUAAGUAGUGAGAUGUUACAACUCACAACUUAUAUUUCUCUUAAUGUGUAAGCCAUAUUCUAUAUGCAUAUUUAGUAUGCAUCAUUAUAAGUUAAUAUUUGUGUGCAGACUGUAUAAAAUGCUUUUUAACUUCUGUGAAUAGGUCAUUAGCUUUAGUUUCUUCUUGUGCAGUGCACAGCUAGAUAAUAAAACUGUAUCAUAGCUAUUACAAUGUAAUUGAUAUUUUAAAUGUCAGCAGUAAAGAUUGAUAUAUAAUAAUGUCUUGGGGAAAAUUUAUAGAAAUGUACAUCAUAGUGACUUUUGUCUUUUAAAAUGGACUUUUAGUUUCUAUUUAUGUAGAAACUAUAACUACUGCUUUUAAUGUCCUUUUAAAAAUGAAAUAUUUGCCAGCUAGAACAUAUUCUGCAUUUAAGGUUGACUCUGACAUUCUGGGAGAUCCGAUUAUUGUUGUUCCUGUUUGAGCCAGUGUCUUUCAGUAAAGCUAUAGACUCUCUUGAGGGAGGAGUGAAUGGAAACACUGCUUCUCACAUAGCAUAGGAAAUAUCCCCACUUUGUUUCUUUGGUCUCUAUGCUUUGUUAAUCAUCACAGAGGAGUACCACCAUUGACCAAUUUCUAUGUAUGCAUCUCACAAGGCACUGAGCAAACUUGCACGUGGAGUGGACAAGAUGCCACUUCUGGGCUGUCACAUGACCUGACAUACUCAUUUCCUGAUUUCUAUCUUUUUUUUCUAGCUAUCUCCCAUAUACCCUAUUCCUCUCCUGUUUUUUCUUCUUACCUUUCACUUCCAUGCUCUCUUUCUUUCCCUUUCUCUGAGUAAGACAGUUUUUUUUUGUUUUUGUUUUUUUUUUUUUUGCUACUUAGCAGGAAGUUGAACUGGAGCUCACCUGUGCUGUGCCCAUUGCUCUGAGUCUACUCUGAAGAGAGGACUCUAAAGACAGAGGCUGCUGCACUUGAAUGUACCACUUUGCAGUUUUAUUCACGGCUACUCAACAUGUAUGUCUUGCAAGUUUAUAUGCAUUUCCAUUUAAAUAAUUUCUUUUAAUCUUUAACAUAAUAAUUUAUAAUCUUUGUUUUUAUUAUGCUGUAAUUCUCUGUAUUUACUAUUAUAUAUGAUUGCUAAAUAAAUCAUAUUUGAUGGAAA